UUAUAAUAAAGAAUAAUGCUUUAGAUUACUGAUUUUAACUAUGAAUAGUGAAGAAGUAUUCCAAGUAAGUGGUCAUAACAGAUUAAAUGCACUGAUACUUUAUCUGGAAGAAAAUUUUAUUGGUGAUAGUGAGAUUGCUGAUAUCAAAAAUCAAUUAAAAUGUUUAUUGAAAGCUGGGGUUUUCAAAGAUAUUCAAAAGAACAACAUUCUUCAUUAUCUUUCAAAAUUGAUGCUGUCUGAUGAAGCAAGAAUACCUGUUGUUUGUUUGUUCGGAAAUUUGCUUCCUGAACUCUAUUACCGUUUAUUCAAUGAACUAAAGAAUAAUUUUAACAAGUCUAGUUUUCCAUCAGCGUUAAAUCAAAUAGCAUAUCUUUCAACAUUACUUCUUGAGAAAGGUCCAACUAUGUUAAAACUUAUAAAAAAAUUUUUAAAUUGGAUUUCAGUAAGUUUUAUGAAUAACUGUAAAGGUUUUGAGGCUAUAAUGCAUUAUCACGAGGCUAUUCCUUCAUUGCUUCAACUUACUUAUUUUUUUUGUAGUUUUGAAAAAACUUACAAAAGCGUUUUCUCAUUAAAAAAUUUGCUUUGUUUUUGCAAUUCCAAUGAUAUAAUCGUUCGCUGGUAUGCUUUUAAAUUAAUAUACAAUGAGCUGAAAACUCCUUGUAUAGAAAUUCAACUUAAAAUAAGGUUUAAUGAAAAUGAUUUUAACACAAUGAUUUUGCAAGAGUAUGAACUUAAACAGAGUAUCAAAAACUUUGCUAAACAUGAUAGUGAUAUCUUUUUAAAAAAAGUUAUAAAUCCUAGCAUUUCAAAUUUUUUUUUUGAAAAAUCAGAUUUUAAUGGUAACUUUUUUCCAAUUUAUAAUUUUGUAUUUGAGCACUGCAACAGUAACAGUAAAAUUAAUGCUUCUUUUCCGUUUUUGGUGUUAACUGAGUUGACAAAACAAACAUUAAAGUCUAUUGCUGUUGGCAUAAUGUCAAAUUAUCCAAUCUUAUUGUCUGGAGACACUGGUUGUGGUAAAACAACUAUUGUCGAAUCUCUUGCUGCAUAUCUUGGAAGAAAUAAAUCACCUAAUAUCAUAAAAAUUCAACUUGGAGAACUAACAGAUAGCAAGUCAUUGUUAGGCUCAUAUAUGUGUUCUGGUGCAAGUGGAAAAUUCCAUUGGCAACCUGGAACUUUAACUCAGGCUUUACGGCAUGGUAGCUGGGUUUUAUUUGAAGAUAUUAAUACCGCACCUACAGAUGUGCUAUCCAUGUUAGUUGCAUUGGUAAAAUUGAAAAAACUAUAUAUUCCUGGUCAUCCAGAUGGAAUUGAACCAGCCAAUGGGUUUCAGAUAUUUGCUACCACAAGAAGAAAGCAUGCAACAGAAAGUAAUGCAACUUUGCACAUGUUCAGUAAACUUUGCCAUCAUGUUAGAGUUGAUAAUCUUUCAAAAGAUGAUCUAGUUUUAAUAAUCAAAUUCAAAUUUCCUGAACUUUCAAUAGUUGCAGAAAAAAUGGUAGACAUUUAUGCUAUGGUAUCGGUUGAUGAGAGUUUGAUUUCAGAAAGUGAUGUUCAAUGCAGUAGUUUAAAAAUGAAAAGUACAACCAGAGAUAUUUUGAAAUGGUGCUCUCGAAUUGUAUGCUCAAAUAAAACAUUUACCCAUGAAGACAUGUUUUUAAGUGCAUUUCAGUGUUUUUGUUCAUCUUUGUCACAGAACUAUCAAGUCCAAGUUGCAUUUUCUAUAGGUGCAAAACUUGGUUUAUGUAAAGAAAAAGUUGAGUAUUAUCUUCAAAAUUAUAAGCCUGUGUUAAACAAAAAUGAUGUUUUUUUUUGUGUUGGUUCUGGAACACUUUCUAGAAAAAUUUCUUCACAUUUUAAAUUUAAUUGUGUUCAACAAAGAUUUGCUUUUACCAGGCAUUCUUUGUGUCUUUUGGAAAAUAUUUUGCUUGGUGUAUUGCACAAUGAACCUCUUCUCAUAGUGGGUGAAACAGGUUGUGGCAAGACAUCUACUGUGCAAUAUUUAGCUGAGCAGACUGGUAGGAAUGUAGUAGUUGUAAAUAUGAGUCAACAUAGUGAUAUUACAGAUUUACUUGGUGGUUUUAAACCAAUAGAUGCUAGGCAAAUUUUAAAACCAUUGAAAUACCAAUUUGAAGAUCUUUUUAAUAAGACUUUUCCUCAAGAUAAAAAUGCCAAGUUCCUAAACCAUAUUAAUCAAUGUUUUGAGCAAAAAAAAUGGAGUAAUCUACUGAAGUUAAUGCAACACUGCUGUCAAAAAGCUUUUGAGAAGAAUUUGAAUAAAACAAAUGUGGAGUGUAUCAAAAAGGAUAUUGAAGACGAUUCAAAGAAAAAUUGGGAAUCGCUCUUAAAACAAAUUAGCAAUGUACAAGAAAAAAUAAAGACCCAACAAGCUUUAGUAUUUGAUUUUGUUGAAGGGGCAUUAAUUGAAUGUUUAAAAUCAGGAGAUUGGUUAUUGCUUGAUGAAAUUAAUUUAGCUUCUCCUGAGACCUUGGAGUAUUUAAGUGGGUUAUUGGAUAGCAAAUCAGGUUCAUUACUUGUCACAGAAAGAGGGGAUAUAAAAGAAAUUGAAAGACAUCCAGAUUUCAGAUUUUUUGCAUGUAUGAAUCCUGCAACUGAUGUUGGAAAAAAGUCUUUACCUUAUGGAAUUCAAAAUAGGUUUACUGAAAUAUAUGUUGAUGAAAUCAAAGACUUAUCAGAUUUAUUGACUUUAGUAGCUUAUUAUUUGCAAAACAUGAAUCUUUCAACUUCAAUUCUAUCUGGUAUUGUAAAGUUUUACCAAAUAAUAAGAGUUAAAGCUCAUGAGGUAUUAGUUGAUGGUGCGGGACAAAAACCACAUUACAGUCUUCGAACUCUAUGCAGAGCAUUAAAGUUUACUGAUUCUCAAUCAAGCCUUCCACCAUUAAGGGCAGUUUUUGAGGGGAUUUGUUUGAGUUUUUUGACUCAAUUGGACAGACCUUCCUAUUCAAUUGUAGAGCAAUUAAUAAAAUCAGUCAUUUUUGGUGAAAUAAAAAAUAUUAACAACAUUUUAAAUUUACCACUACCAAAGCCUGUAGGUAUGGAAACAAUUAAUGUUCAAGGUUAUUGGUUAAAGACUGGGAAAGAUUCACAAACAGAAAAUACUAGUUAUGUAAUUACUGAUAGUGUGAAACGUAAUUUAAAAGAUUUAGCACGUGUUGUCAGUGGAGGAUCACUUCCAAUCUUAAUUCAAGGAGAGACAUCUGUGGGAAAAACAAGUUUAAUUGCUUAUUUAGCACAAUUAACAAGAAAUCAUUGUGUAAGAAUAAACAACCAUGAACAUGCAGAUAUUCAAGAAUAUAUAGGAUCUUAUGGUGCAGAUGACACUGGAAAUCUUGUGUUUAAAGAAGGAAUUUUGGUAACUGCUAUGAGAAAAGGCUAUUGGAUAAUCCUUGAUGAACUAAAUCUUGCACCAACUGAUGUCCUGGAAGCUUUAAAUCGACUGCUCGAUGAUAACAGAGAGCUGUAUAUUGCUGAGACGCAGGAAGUUGUUAAAGCUCACCCACAAUUUAUGUUAUUUGCAACUCAAAAUCCUCCUAACAACUAUGGUGGAAGAAAGAUUUUAUCGCGCGCUUUUCGUAAUCGCUUUAUUGAAUUACAUUUUGAUGAGAUUCCUCGUCAGGAACUAGAAGAAAUUCUUCAUAUUAGAUGUCACCUUCCUGUAUCUUAUUGCAAAAAGUUUGUCAAGGUUAUGUAUGAUUUACAGCUGAGGAGAACAAGUUCUGGUAUAUUUGCUGGUAAAAAUAGUUUUAUGACUUUAAGAGAUCUAUUUCGAUGGGCUGAACGUUAUAGAAUGUCAAAUAUAACUCAAGGUUUUUAUGAUUGGGAACAAUGCAUAUGUGAAGAUGGAUUCCUCUUAAUUGCUGGUCGAUGUAGAAAACCUCAAGAACAAAUUCUCAUUAAAGAAGUUUUAGAAGAAAACUUUAAAAAGAGUUUAAAUCUUGAACAAAUAUUUUCUGGGAAGUCUUUAUCUUCAACUCAUGUUUGGGAGCAGAUUUCAAGAAAUUUAUCAGUCGAGUUUCAGCAUGUUGUUUGGACUGACAGCAUGAAGCGUUUAGGAGUACUAGUUGGAAGAGCUCUUCAGUUUGGUGAAGCUGUUUUAUUAGUUGGAGAGACUGGAUGUGGAAAAACAACAAUAUGUCAAAUGUUAGCAAAUAUAUCGAACCAAAAAUUGUAUUCAGUUAAUUGCCACAUGCACACUGAAUCUUCAGAUUUCCUUGGUGGUCUUCGUCCUGUUCGUAAUAAGGAGGAGGGAGAUCAAAAACUUUUUGAAUGGUGCGAUGGACCAUUAAUAAACUCUAUGGAAGAAGGUGCUAUGUUCCUAAUUGAUGAAAUCUCACUUGCUGAUGAUUCCGUAUUAGAACGUCUUAAUAGUGUUUUGGAAACUGAUCGUGUGUUAGUUCUUGCAGAAAAAGGUGAAUCAGAUAUUGAUAAUCAAAGUUUGUAUGUAGUAAAGGCUGCUGAAAAGUUUCGUUUAGUUGCUACUAUGAAUCCUGGCGGAGAUUUUGGAAAGAAAGAGCUUUCUCCUGCUUUACGAAAUCGUUUUACAGAAAUUUGGUGUCCAUCAUCAGACAGUAAUAAAGAUAUUAUUAUGAUAAUCGAACAUAACAUAAAGAAAGGGGUUCAUUUAAAGUCAUAUGAUGAAACUUCAGGAUUUGGAUAUGCAAUUGUGAAGUUUAUAAGUUGGUUAAAAAAUACUGAUUUUGGUGUAAAAUUAACUGUUAGCAUUCGAGAUAUCUUAUCUUGGGUGCAAUUUAUUAAUAUCAGCUGUAAAGGUUUACAUGAUAGUGGACAAUUUUUAUACCAUCUCUCACCAGAAGAAGCAUUUGUUCAUGGUGCUUGUUUAGUAUUUGUUGAUUCUAUUGGUGCCUGUUCUUCUAUUCAGCUUAUGUUUGCAGCUGAAGCAAAAAAAAUUGCUUUAUCAUAUUUAUGUAAUGAAGUUGGAAUUUGUGAGUUCCAAAACAGUACAACUUACACUGUGUUGCAAGAUAAAUGGUUUGGAAUUCAUCCAUUCUUUAUUGAAAAAGGUAACUGUCCAUUACCAAUUACUAAUCACUAUAGCUUGGAUGCACACACUACACAAAAAAGUGCAGUAAGUUUGUUGAGAGCAAUGCAAUUAUCACAACCAAUUUUGCUAGAAGGAUCUCCUGGAGUUGGGAAGACAAGUCUUGUUAUGACAAUAGCAAAAUUGUCUUGUCACAAUAUAACAAGAAUAAAUCUAUCAGAAGAAACAGAUGUGUCUGACUUGUUUGGAGCUGAUUUGCCAAUGGAAGGAGAAACUGGGUUGUUUAAAUGGAGAGACGGUCCUUUACUUAAAGCUCUUAAGAAUGAAGAAUGGGUAAUUUUUGAUGAGUUAAACCUUGCAUCACAGUCUGUGCUAGAAGGCCUGAAUGCAUGUUUUGACCACAGAGGGGAGGUAUUUAUCCCUGAACUUAAUAAAACAUUCAAACUGAAACGAGGCAAAACAAAAAUAUUUGCAUGUCAAAAUCCAUAUCAUGAGGGAAAUGGAAGAAAAGGUUUACCAAAAUCUUUUCUUAAUAGAUUUACGAAGGUUUAUGUAGAUAUGUUGACCAAGGAUGAUCUACUUUUAAUUCUGAAGUCAUUGUUUGAAAAUAUUUCGGAUAAUCAUAUUUCAAAAAUGGUUCAUUUUAAUCAAAGUUUACACAAAGAAGUUAUUGUUGAGUCCAAUUGGGGAAAAAAGGGAAGUCCUUGGGAGUUUAAUGUAAGAGAUCUUAUAAGGUGGUGCGAACUUUUGGAAAAAAAUCAAGGAGCUCAUCCAGGUGAUUUUAUCUCCAUGAUAUACCUAAACCGAAUGAGAACUGUUGAAGAUAAAGAAAAGAUAUUGUUGUUAUAUGAAAGCAUUUUUCAAGACAAAUAUAUGAUGCAACGAAGAAAAUCAAGUCAAUGUUUGUUUGAACUUGACCAGAAUAAAUUUAGAGUUGGCUUUUCAGAAUUAAUUCGCUCUAAAAAAAUAAUAAAUAACAAUACAAAUUUACAGCUUUUGCGAUGUUUUUUACCCUAUUUGGAAACUAUCAUGAAAUGUAUAGAAAUGAAUUGGAUGUCCAUAUUGGUUGGAUAUGAAUGCAGUGGCAAGACAAGCAUUGUGCAUCUUUUAUCUUAUCUCAUUGGACACCCAUUGUAUGUAUUAUCUAUGAAUUGCAGUAUGGAUACUAUGGAUAUUAUUGGUGGUUUUGAGCAGGUUAGUAAUGACUUGAUUAAUGAUGAACUUUUACAAAGUUGCACACAAGAAGUUGAACAAGUUAUAUUGUUUUGUAUAAAUAAGAGUUUUAUCAACAUUGCUGAAUCACUUAUUUUUGAAAGAGAAAAGCUACAAAACAUAUUAGAAAAAAAAGAAAAGUCUUUAGUUGAUGAAAUCUAUAAUAUUAUGUUGGUAGUUUCACAAUUAACACAGUCACUUGAAUACAACUCAAAUAGUUUAGAUGUUUUGCUUGAGAAACUGACAUCUAUCAAAAAAGAAGUUCAUACAGAAACACAAAGUGGAAGAUUUGUCUGGGUGGAUGGUGUUUUAGUAAAUGCAAUUAAAAAUGGCUAUUGGUUGUUAAUUGACAAUGCCAACUUUUGCAGCUCAGCAGUACUAGAUCGGUUAAAUGGUCUUCUUGAACCAGGAGGUGUGUUAACAAUUGAUGAAAGAGGAGUUGUUAAUGGAGAAGUUAUAAGUAUUAAACCUCAUCCAGAUUUUAGACUAUUUAUGACUAUGAAUCCUAAAUUUGGUGAAAUUUCAAGAGCAAUGAGAAAUCGAGGAGUAGAGAUAUUUAUACUUUCAGAGAAUGAGGGAGUGAUAAAGGAUGAGUUUGAUACAAAGUUGUUAAUGCAGUCUGUUAAAUGUAAUGAUCUGAGUCCAUAUAAUCUCUCAUUGAUUCGUAAUAAUGUAGACUCUAAAAAUGUUUUACAAGCAUCAAUUGUUAAAGUUUCUCACAUCUUUUCAAUGUUAACAAAAUAUGGAUUCAGUUACAAAGAAGCAUUUUGCACUUGUUUAGAAAACUUUAUUUUAUUUGAUUCAAACAUUCAAAAGAUUGUUACAGAUUUAGCAUGUGAUAUGAGUUUAUCUAAAGAAUUAGUAUUUAUAAAUCAAGUGCCAUCUAUAGAAACAUUAUUAAAUUCAACAGAAAUUUCUCAAUCUAUAAAGAAUAGUUUACCUAUUUGGGCAUAUUGUAAUUCUGAUUUCAAAUCAAAGGAUAUAGCUUUUUUACUUUUCUUUGAGAGAAUACCUUUUGAGAAUAUAAAUUUUUGCUUAUUAUUUUUAAUUAAAUCAAUGAACGAAAUGCUCAAAUCUUAUUCAUCAACAAACUGGUUAUUUGAUACUGGAUCAGCACUAAAAAAUAUACUUAAAGAAUUAAGCGGAGACAACAAAUGUUAUUCUUUAAAGAGUCUAAUAAACAAGGAUGGCUCUCAUGUAUCAAAAAGAAUGUAUUUCAACUUUCUUCUUUGUUUUAAUGACUUCAAAAUCAUUUUGGUCAAAGAUGUUAAUGAAAGUUCCAUUUUAUCUUAUUCAAAGUUAUUUUCAGAUGGUAAAGCUAAUUUGGGGUUUGAGCAUAAAUGCAUUCCUUACUUAUAUCCAACAUGCAAUAAACUAAUGAGUUAUAUAGAAAACACAUGGAUAAAUAGUAUAUCUUUUCCAACAUGGGAACAUUUUGCUAAGGUUGAGCAUAGUUUUAAAUGGUUUUACCGCUUCAUUAUUUGUUGUAAGUCGAGUUCAUAUCACAGUAAUCAGUAUCUAUUAAUACAUUGGAAAUGGUUUACAGAAGAAUUUAUUUCUGUGGCUGAGAUUACAUGGUGCUUACCUGAUGAUUUGCAAUUAUGCUUACAGCGUUUAAAUGAAAUUUUUCAACAUAAAUGUAACAGAAUUUUACAGUCAAUUCAAACAAUGGUUGGGCAACCGGCAGCAUUUGCUUAUUUUGAACAGGAAAUGUUAAUGAAUAAAAUCAAAGAAGUAUCUGAAAAGAUACGUUUUUUGCCAAGAAAUGAAACUUCAUAUACUUACAACAAAAAAACACUUAAAUUGUUUAGCAAAAUAUGGCAAAGCAAAUUCUAUUGUCAAGAAAUACAGAGUGAAAUUGAACAAUUGCACAAUGACGUCUUGAAGCUUGAGAAUGAUUUAACUUGGAAUAUUUAUUUACAUGAAUUUUGUAAAGCUUUGUUUACAUCAAAUACUUUUAAAAUGUUAAAAAAUAAUGAAUUAAAAAAUAGACUAACUGAUCGUCAUAUAAAUUUAACUGAUAACUCAGUAUGUUAUGCCAAUGCCAGAAAUAUUAGUUUCUUAGAGAAUGAAGGUUUUAUGAAGUUAAAGAGUUUUGAACCACAUUUAACAUUUGCUGUUUUUGAAGAGUUUCUGAAAGGUUCAAGCCUUCAUGAUAAUAGUUUGCAAAAAGUUGCUAGUUCUUGUUCUUCUUUGUUUUCUUUUCUUGACAAUCAUGUUGACAAAAGAAAUCCUCUUCGACCUCUUUUAUGUAUAAGACUUCAAGAAUUUGAUGGCAUAAAAAAGAAGAUAUCUGAUAUUUGUUCAAUACUUUGGGCCAAUUCAAGUAUUUUGAUGAAACAAUAUGAAAUAUUUAUUGAUGAUUUGGUGCAAAUAUCAAUAAGAGACAUUAUUACACUUUUUAAUGACAUAAAGGCUUCUUUAACCAGCAAUAGCGAAAUCAAAUCUUUCUCUAUUAAUAUAAAUGAGCUGAUGGCUAUUGGAGUUGAUAUCCAAAAAACCAUUUCCAAUCAUCACUCUGAUAAUCUUGUUGGAAUGAAUAUUAUAUUAGAAGCAUUAAUAUACUUUCUUGUUCAAAUUUCUAACAAUGAAUUUCAACAUGAAAUUGUAGCUGGUACUUUAUCUUGUUAUUCUGGUUUAUUGAUGUUAUAUUGUCUAAGACCAAUUAAUAAAUAUGAUAUUGUUGAAGAAAAAAAAUUAAAGUUGUACUAUCUUUAUGAAGAGCUGAAAGAAGUAAACAAUGAGCUGGAAGUGCGUUUUAAUGCUGAAUAUAUAUGGAGUGGAUUUUCUCCUGUGAAAUUUGAAAAUCUAAGUAAUGAUAAUUUAGAACACUUGACUUCAAAUCCUGAACGUGUGAGAUGCUUACUUGUUUUGAGAAAACUACUGAUAACUGAAAUAGAGAAUACUACCUGUGAGUUACCUAUAAGACCAGAGUCUUCUGAGUAUCAACAGAUCUAUGAAGAAUUUGAUCAUUUUGUUGCUACAAUUUGCAGCGAACGCAAUAUUAUUGAACUUGUUCAACAAACGCAAUCAUAUUUUUCAUGUAAAAAAAAACCUAAUGCAACGUUUAUUAAAGAAAUCUCAACAGCUCUUCAAAAACUUCAAAUGUGGAAUAAUUCCUCAACUCAUUUUAUUAUAAAAAUGAAAACACAAUUUCCAUUUUAUAAAGAUGUUACAACUUUACCUUUGAUAGCUAUCCAAAAAUGUCAAACUGGAUUUACUUUACUUGGAGAUAAAUUAAAAUCGUUACUGUCAGAAAUACAUUAUAUUCACACUCGUCCUGACACCAAUAUGUUGCUUCCCUGGGAUAUUUUAUAUAAAAUAUUUAAUUUAUGGCAAAGCAGCUCUUUAGAGAAUGCAAGAUUUUUAUGUAGCGAAGAGCUACAUAUUUUUCUAACAAAUAAUCAAGAUAUACCUGGUAUAGAUCAUAUAAAAUUAUUUACACUUCAUACAGCUUUAAUAAAGAUCAAAGAUUACAGAUUAUCUAAUAAAAUGAAACAUAAAGACUCUCUAUCAGCAAACAUAUUGCAAAACCUUCUUGAUAAACUUUUUGAUCUCUGGUCAAUUGAGCAAUACCAAUUAAAGCAAAAACAAAAUGACAGAGAAUCUCUAUUUCGGUACAAAUCUCAAUCACAUUGUGAAAACAAGACUGAAGAUGAAGAAAAUCAAGAAUUACAAGACCAGCUUUUUCCCACUUAUGAAAGUGAGUUCCUUGUUAUGAAUAACGAUGUAACACUAGAAAACAAAAUUGAUCAAGUAGUGUUAAACAAGAAACAAACCAUUGAUGCAACAGUUAACCAAAAGUUAGUUUAUAAUGCAGUAAAAGUAAUUUAUUUAAAUAUAAAAGAGAAUCAGUCUCAGUCAGAACUUUUUUCAUUGUCUCAAGUAUUAUCUCUUUUAAAGAUGGAACAUGUUUUUUCAAAUGUCAAGUUUGAUAAUUGUAUGACUUCAUUAUAUUUAACUUUUUCUGAAAUCAUGCAACAACUCAGUGCGGAAGAGCAAAUUCACUGUGAGAAAUUUAAUAUUUACACUGACUACUGUAUUUGCGAAUCUGUAAUUUGCCAAAAUAUUUUAAAAGAGUUUCUUAUUCAUAUAAAGAAGUUGCUUAACGAGUUUGAGAAUCAUCCUGCUCUUAAACAGAUAGAGAAAGUGAUUGAAUAUCUUCUUUCAGAAUCUGUUUAUACUCCUCUUAUGAAGUUUGUGUCUGGUUUUGAAUUUUUGUUGAGUCAAUGUUAUAGUUGGGAAGAUUAUGCAGCAUCACAUGUAUCAUUAAAACAACAUAUGCAGAUUGUAUCACAAAAAAUUCUUGAAUGGAGAAAGAUCGAACUAAAUCAAUGGAAGAAAUUACUUGACCAAAGUGAACUUGAAGCAGCUGAUGUGUCAUCAUUCUGGUUUCAUUUUUAUAAUUUAUGUCGCAAUUUAUGUAAUAAGAAUGAGGAAGAAAUAAAAUCUAAUAGAGAUUCUCUGAUAUUAGCUGUUAAAGAGUUUUUGGAAGGAUCAAAUGUCGGAGAAUAUAGAUCUCGAUUGCAGCUUGUAUACACUUUGUAUGCAUACUUAUGUAGUAAUGGAACUGAACAAGGUACCCUAAAUGCAAUAUGGAAUAUGUGGAUGUAUUACAAUCAGUUUCAAUCUGCCAUUUUGUUAUCUUUAUCUGAGAAAAAAAAACCAAUUGAACAACAGAUAAAAGACUUUGUGAAGAUCACAAAAUGGACAGACAUCAAUUAUUAUGCAUUAAAAGAUACAAUUUCUAAAGCUCACAGAACACUUAGAAAAUAUGUACAAAAAUAUAAGAAAGUUUUAGGUGAACCAGUCAUUCAAUUCUUCAAAGAUACUAAUGUGUUAUCCUCAACUGUUGAAAAGCACAAUGAUGUAAAAACGUUUGUUUUGAAUAUUGAUAAAAGCUUGUUUAAUGGACAUCAAAUGAUUAAUCACAUGGAUCAUCAAGUGAUUGAGUUUUCUAUGUAUCUAAACAAAGUACCUAAACUGCGAUUGAAAAUGAAAAAGCAUAUCAAAUACAUUACAGAAUUGAUGACUUAUGACUCUCUCACCCAAACAUUAGAUGAGUUUACUGGAGAAAUCAUUGAAAGUAUUCUUGAGCUUCAAAAAGAUAACAUUUCAAGCUUGGCAAAAGAAAAACAGAAAGCUGCACGUAGUCUUUUGCAGCAACAGAAAAGAAAAUCACUAUCUUUAUUAUUUCGAGAGCUUCGAAGAAUUGGAAUUUCAUAUAGAAAAGGAUUGUUGCUAUUUACCAAUGAAGAAGACUUAAGUUGUAUACCUGUCUUAGAUGAAAACAAAUUUGAUAAGUUUCAGAAAGCUAAAAAUAAUAUUGAAGCUGCAAAUUUAUAUUAUUUUCGAUGUGUCGCUAAAAGUUCAUCCUUCAAUUCAGCACUUUGUUCACCAUCAAAGGAAAUUAGUCCAGCAGAAAUUUCAAAAUUCAAAGGUUUUUGUGGUCAUCUUUAUUUUCUGGUCACUGAACAAAGAAAACAGAUAGAUGGGUUGAUAACCGGAUACUGCCAUUUAAGAAAUUCAAUAUCAAUAUGUAAAAAUUUAAAAAGCUCAAAAAAUGAAAAUGGAAUUUUACCACCUCAAAAUACUGUUAAAUAUUGGAAUAAUGAAGUCACCUCACAAUUAUUCAACACCAUAGAAAGUUUAACUGAUUUUAAGAAGAUACUUAGUAAUUGUCCUUUGCAUAAUCUAGAUUAUGAUAGCUUAACACCAUUUGCUACUUCGAUGCUUCCUAAAAUAUCUAGCUGGUGUAAGGAUACUCCUGAAUUAAAAGAUACAAUGAAUAAAACUCAAGCCUCGCUAGACAUUCUUCGCGACGCAUGUAAUACAUACUUCUAUUCUCCAAAAGAUUUAUUCUAUUGGUCUCAUUGGGAAAAUCUUUCAGUAAAUCUAAUGAAGUUGAAAGAUGUUUCUAAUUUAAUAAAUGAUUUUACCAAAUUUUUUACUACUGAUGGCAAUUCUCUUUCUGGUUCGUUUAUGGAUGAUCUAAUCGAGGUAAAUAAUAAAAAUGUAUCGUUACUGGAAAACUUUUCAAAAGUUAGUCUUAAUAGUCCACAUGAUGAUCCCACUUGUGAAAAUUUUAUUGAUAAACUUGAGUGUUUCAUUAAAAAAAUGCUUAUAUCAGUGCAAAAUUUAGUUAAACAUGCAGAGGAGUUUAAACAAAAGAUUGGUUUGGAAAAAAAAGAAACUGACACUGAGCUUAUCACUGGACUCUUUUGCCCUUUACUAUCUAGUAACUUUGUUUCACAUACUAAUUUUAUUCAACUGAAAAGUCUUUUAGAUGAAUGGAAUGAAAUUGUUGCCCAUUUGCUCAUAGCAUUUAGUGACUCCUGCAACAACUCGUGUGUUUAUAAUUUAUUGCCAGUUAUAGCUCCAUUAAUUGAUAUGUUUUCUUCAUUGGUUGAGUUUUACACUUUUCAUUGGGUGGCGCUCCAUAGAACAAGUUGCAAGCUUCUUAUUGUUCUUUAUAAUUUAUUUUCUGAUUUACUUGAAAAGGGUUAUUGCAUACCUGCUGAGGAAGAUAACUCUUUAGAGACAGAAGGAGCAACAAAGUUUAAAGAUGUUCAGCCAAGUGGUUUGGGUGAAGGCCAAGGAGCUAAAGAUGUCAGUAAUGAAAUUGAGAGUGAGGACCAAGUUGAAGAUACAAAGCAUGGUGAUCAACCACAAGAUGAACAGCCUGAAAAAGAAGAUAUUAAAGAAGAAAAGGAAGGGAUUGAAAUGACAGAUGAUUUUGAUAGUCAUUUACAAGAUGUUGAAGAUUUUGAUGAAUCUUCUGGUGAUGAAGAUGAAGAUUUAAAAGAAGACAAUGAACAACAAAUGGGUGAUGUUGAUAAAGCAGAUGAAACUAUUGACAAAAAGAUGUGGUCUGAUGAUGAAGAUGAAAAGGAAGAUGUUAAUGAAAGUGACGAUGAUUUUAAUGGUGAAGGAGCUGAUUCUGCAGAUUCACAAUUAGUUGCUAAUGAAGAUAACCCUGGUGAGCAGGCUAGUAAAAACAAAGAAGAGAAAGCUAGAAAUGAAGAGUUGGAAAAAUUGGAUGAAGAGGAUUCAGAGAAUCAAAAUAAAGAUGAUGAAUUUCAAAAAAAUGAAGAAAAUCAGAACCUUAGAGAUGAUCAGGAUUUAUCUAUUGAUAUGAAAAAUGAAACAAUGGAGGAGGAAUGUGAUGAGAAUGUUGAUGAAAAUGUUGAUGAGACAAAAGAAAACCAGGAAAAUUUAGAUACUGAUGAAGAAGUUAUGGAUGAUAGAUCUGAUGAAAAAAAUCAAGAGAAAGAUGAUGAAAAAGAUGAAAUAGCUGAAAAUGACAAAGAUACAGAGCAUCAAGCUGAUGAAUCAGAUGAAACAAUGCUGGAUCAAGAAGAAAUCAUGCCUGAUCAAGAAGAAAUGACUCAAACUGAAAACCAUUCACUUCAACCAAAAGAUUCAUCAGAGUAUGCAGAACAAGCCCCAGAUAAUAAUAUGCUAUCUAAUUCAAAGUCUCAAAUGGAACAAGUUCAAGAAAAUGAAAAACAUGAAAACAGCAAUGGUAAUGCAGAUAGCACUGGUUUAAAGGGAAAUUUAAGUUCAAAUGAUAGUCUCACCAAACAACGUUCUACCCAAACUAAAGGUCAAAAACGAAAAGGCAUUCCACAAAGCAAUGAAAAUCGCACUGAGGAGACAGCUGAGUCUGUAGAAGUAAAGAAAAGAAAAGCGUUUGAUGCAGAAGAAAAUGAAUCUUCAGCUGAUGAAGGAGGAAAAGAAAAUGAUAAUGAAUCUUAUCAACAUAUAAAAGAUAAUAAAUCAAGUUAUGAUCAACUUAUAGUUGAUAGUGCGACCCAGUCACAAAUCAAAGAUAAAUUACAAAAAAUAACAAUUGAAGAUAGCUCAUCUGGGAUUGAGGAGGAAGAUGAAUCAGCUAUAGAUGAUAGUUCUAAAAAUAAAAAUGCUAAGAUUUCAGAUGUAAAUGAGAUGUUAAUUGACCCCGAGUUAAAAGACGAUGAGAUGGAAGAAAAAAAUUUAAAAGAAACUACUGAUCCUGAUUCACAAAAAACAGAUGAGCUUACAAUCUAUAAAGACUAUAAAACAGAUUUUUUUACUGAUGAAAAUGCAUUAUUUUCUACAGAUUUGGAAAAAAAAGAAAAAACAUUAGAACUAUUGCGUAGUGAACUAGAAAAUGGUUUAUUCAGUUUGUCUCUGAAACGAUCUCAGAUUAAAGAUCCAAAGCAAGCUUUAGAUAUGUGGAUGAAAUAUGAUCGCUUAACCUCUAACCUUGCUCAACAAUUAUGUGAACAACUUAGGCUUGUGCUUGAACCUACAUUAGCCAGCAAAAUGAAAGGCGAUUAUCGAACAGGGAAGCGUAUAAACAUGCGUAAAGUAAUCCCAUAUAUUGCAAGUCAAUUUCGUAAGGAUAAAAUUUGGCUUCGUCGCACCAAAAAAAGCAAGCGAAAGUAUCAAAUUGUUCUUGCCGUUGAUGACUCUUCGAGUAUGGCUGAUAAUCAUUCUAAACAGCUUGCUUUUGAGUCAAUAGCAGUUAUCAGUAAUGCAUUAAAGCUUUUAGAAGCAGGUGAACUUGCUCUUUGCAGCUUUGGCGAAGAUGCUCGAUUAGUGCAUCCAUUUGAAGAAACAUUCAGUGAACUAUCAGGAGCUUCAAUUCUUCAAGAAUUUUCAUUUGAACAAAAGAAAACAAAUAUAUCUCAACUUUUAAAUAUGUGUACACUUUUACUUAACAGCAUUUCUAGAGAUAUUGUUGACAUUAACAUAUCAAAGCUUCUUCUAAUUAUUUCAGAUGGAAGAGGAAUUUUUUUGGAAGGUAAAGAGGUUGUACGCAAAGCAGUAUAUCAAGCAAGAGACGCCGGUGUUUUUGUAGUCUUCAUCAUCCUUGAUAAUCCAAACAAUAAAGACUCUAUUCUUGAUAUCAAGAUUCCUAUUUUUCCAUCAGGUGGUGGACUCCCUCAAAUAAAAGCAUACAUGGAAGAAUUUCCUUUUCCAUUUUACGUUAUUUUAAGAGAAAUUAAUUCUCUCCCUUCUGUUCUUGGAGAAGCCUUAAGACAAUGGUUUGAAUUAGUUGCGCAAACAAAUUAAAUUAACUUUUUUUAAUAUUAUAUUAUAUUUUAUUACACGCUAA